AUACCGGGUGCGCCAUCUUUUAUGUCGGUAUUGAAACAUCGAAUGACUUUGAUAUUUACCAACCGAGUGAUUUGGUUAUACGUGUUUCUGAAACUUCAAUUUACUACAAUUUUAGUCAUGAAUCGCUUUACACGGAAACAACGCGCCGAAAUAGUCACAAUGUACAUUGAAAAUCGUCGUUCAGUUGUGUUAACGCAACGUGCAUAUCGUCGAAAAUAUCGUGGCAAACAGGCACCGUCUGACAACACUAUCCGUCAUUUGGCUUCUAACUUUCUUGAGUACGGUACAGUGGGAGAUCGUCAACAUACCGUUCAUCAACGACCAAGACGUUCCAAUGAAUUGGUUUAAGCGGCCAGAGACAGCGUUGCCCAGAACCCAAAAGUGCCGUCUCGUCACCGCGCUCAGCAUUAUGGCAUCAGUGGAACCACGUUGCGGCGCAUUUUGAAGGGUGAUUUGCAUUUGUUUCCUUAUAAGGUGCAGUUAACACAAAAAAUAUUGCCAACUGAC